GCUCAUGUUUUUUCCCAGCGCGCACUGCAAUCUGCAGCGCGUUGAUAGGUGUUUCUCGUACUGGCUCUCGAAAAUUGUUGCUGCGAGUUGUAGUGACGCGGAACAAUCGUAGUUCUCGCAGUGUCCAUCAAUGCUUUCAACGUUGUUGUACAGUCGCCGGUCCUAAAGCCACAGGUAGUGCAAGCUAUGUCUACAACUGCUGUUGGUGAGUGUCCCUCCGUCAAACUCAAAUCAUGCUUCGAGAGGUUGGAGAGGCUGCGAGUGUGGUCGCUCGUGCUGGAUACCGGGAGGUCUUUUCCAAGGAGCGAGCGUAGUUGAGGAAGAAUGCGGAGGCAAGAAAGCAGACUAAAGCACUCACGCUUUAUUGGUAGUUAAAUUCGUGUCUGUCCUCGCAGUCGUGACUCUUUGUUGAAACAGUGCAAUGGAUUUUCGCAAAAAAAACUUUAGGAACUCCUUUUUUCCCUUUGGCGGUAGUGUCUUGUGGCACGACGAGCCUCCAAGUUUGUCGUGCCGGUUAGAAAAUACGAAUACCAAAAUAGAUAGUUUGUGGCGUUUCUGAAUAGUUCUUCGUUCUUGUUAAUAUACGUGCAAGAUUUAUGUCAUUCGGCAAUUUGAAUUUUGAAAAUUUUACGUCGUCCUUUAGCUUCGGCCUUAUUCAUUGACUGUUUCUUUCUACCGAUAAAACGUUUACCCUACCUUGUUUCUUUCUGCCGAUAGUGAUCGUGUACAAAAUAGAAAGCUUUCGCCACCUCCGAGAAAACAAUUUUUUUUGCCACUUAGGACUGGACUCUUUCUCUUCUCACGUACGUAAUGGAAAUUUUGAUGGUAUGUAGUGUAGCGUAAAAAUUGAACUAUGCCUUGCAUGUAUGUAGAAUUAGAAACCACUGUGAUUACAGUCAAGGUUCUUGUGGUCGGUACUGGCAAAGAAAAUUUAUGAUUUAUGUGCCUUGAAGCCUUAACCUGUUAUUUCUGAAGUUUACCUCUCUCCUCACUUGUUUGUUUCGAAUUUUUAAAGCCGCUGUCUCUAACGUCUACGUCCUCAAGUUUCGGUUUUGAUCUCUUCUCUUGGGUGUGUCUCUUCUAAGUGUAAACGAACUUUACCGUACUACGUUCAACUUCAAUGUCAUCCAGACAGACACAAAAAAUCAAAACUUGUCAAAAUUUUCUACAGCGCAAUUAUCACUAUCACUGCGAUUUUCUUUACUUCCACUUCCAUUUCCUUACUUUUCAAGCACACUCGGUAUUAGUUUCUCCGGUACAUGAGCUGCCGGAGUGCUAGCCUCCCAGGCGCAGAACCGCUGUGAGUUUUCAGUCCCCUGCAUCCGCACACGCCCACGACUGCUACUGCCAAAAUGUUGUGGAAUAAUUGGUGGCGAUCCUGUUUUCCGUUUUUCCGGCGGUCGAGCUCGUCGGACGGGGCAACCGCUCUCGAAGAGUCUUCGAGUGCGGCAGCGGGUCGUGACGUCGGACCAGUUUCGGAUCCGCUCGUGGUCCCUAUGGCGAUUGAUCACAAUUACGACCAGGAUGUUGAUCUUCACUCUGGGAGGGAACAAAGAUGUACAGCUCAAAAACAUGCUGGUGAAAAGCAACACUCUUGUACUAAGAGCAGCCGGGAGCGGGAUAAAGACAACAAGCUUCUCGCACAGCCGCUCCUCGACCAGAUGGAGCUUGAAAAUAGCAACACGGCUGCUCCUCCUCCACUAAUUUGUUCUAAGCCUCCACUUCCCCUCCCUCGCAACAGCGAGAGCGCGCAGUCUUUGCCAAGCUCGGAGGCAGAAACGGUAGCUUCGUCGGAUGAGGUGACAGCAAAUAGUGCAGGACCUCCGCUGGCUCUGCUGCAACGGGGGCAGCACAACAAAGUAGACGUCGGCAGUGGUAAAAAUGGGUCCUCCUCCUCCGCAGGCGGUUCCUCCUCCUCCACGACCCCCUCUUCCGCCGGCUCCGCGAGUUCAGCCUCCUCUAGUGGCUCGUCCGGACGGAAGGAAGGCAGAUCAACAGGAAACUACAAUAGUUCCCAGCAGGAGACGUUGUUCCCUUCUGCAGAACAUGUCAACACAGCCACGACCUCGUCUCCAACAGCCAAAGAACAAGAGGAGAGAAAUAUGGUACUACUGGAAGAGCAGACGCCCGAAGAUCCGCAACAAAUUCUUCACCGGUCGUCCAGCGGUCAAAAUUUUCGGAGUAAGAUGCUGCACCGGUUAAACAAUGAGGGAAUUCUGUUGAAGAAGGAGCAGCGAGCGCCGAAGUCGCAGUGCGUUCUGAUCCUCGACUGGGACGACACGCUGCUGUGUACGAGCUACUUUGCAGCACUGCAGAUCCGGGAGAAGAGGAUGACAAUGAAGGACGAAGAAGCAAUGGUGGUGCUGCAAGACCUCGUGCGGAGGCUCAUCCUGUUUGCGAGGGAGAUGGGUACAGACUCAAGUAAUUUAAAUUGCAUCUCCAACUACCCUCUACGGUUGUGUUUGUGAUCUGAUUGGGUCGAGCUGUUGGUUUCUCAGCAUGAAAAAUGCAAUGAGGAUUUGGAAAUCGAAAUUAAAAUUUGCAUGACAAAAAAACUCAGGUUCCGUGUACAUUAUCACGAACGCGAUGGAAGGGUGGGUCGAAUACAGCUGCGAAAAGUGGCUCCCGAACUGUCUCAACUUAAUCCAGCAGUUGCCCAUCAUCUCGGCCCGCGCGUACGAAAACCAAUACGAUGUGUCCAUCUGGAAAACCAUGGCGUUUCGGGAGAUCUCGAAGAAGAUGGACCAGCGACCCGUCACAAAUCUGAUCGCGAUUGGGGAUUCGGUAUAGAUUUUAUUCGCAAAAAACAGACUGCCGCUAUCUAAUUGUGACGCGAGUUUUUUGGGGUUGGGAGCGUAUUAAAAUAAGACAAAAUAGUUGUACUUUCUGGUGCAUGGAAUUUUGCGAUGCAAUUUUCGCAACGACCCCGCUAUAGCCGAACUUUCUUACCCAUCGCAGAUCUUCGAAAUCCAAGCGGCCCACGACAUGGCCGCGCACUUUCCGCAAAGUCUGGUGAAAACGGUGAAACUCGACCAGCGGCCUACACCCUCGAAUUUGGUGAACCAGCUGCAGCUCGUACUGAAGAACGUGCCGAGUAUUGUUUUGUCGGGAAAAAACAUGGAGGUGAGUUUCAUGCGGACGAAUAAACAAGUACAAGGAGGAACUUCUAGUGCUUGUAGCACCAAUGCUGCACCACGGGAACAAAGCACUAAUGGCACAGCACCUCCACCGGCGUCGGCGGUGUGCAGUGCAGCUAGUGAGAACAAGAGUGGAAGGUAGAUGAAGGAUGUGACGCGGAGCUGCGUCAUCUGCUACAACACCCUGCAGAAGUUUCGCGUUUUGGGCGGCGGGUGCAGGUCGCACAGACUAUGCUGGUUCGCAUGCGUUGAAAUCGAUCUUGAUGUUUCAGCUUUUGACCUUUUGAACUGAACCCCAUUUGAAAGACCGGAAGCAAGGAAAGUCAAGAAACCCGAUGAAAAUCUGUGCAGCAAUGAAUUCAUUUUUUCAUUUACGAAACAAUUUCCAUUUCCCGCCCCCGGUGCCGUCUCAUAUCGGGAGGUCUUUCUGAAGAUACUGCAACUAAAAACUAUGUUUCACUGCGCGGUCGGCCUUUCUAAGUGUGUCCUGAAGUUCGUUGACAUGUCUGUG